AACGGGAAAGUUUGAUUUCUCGUGGGAAAAGCCUAAGUCUUCAAAAUGUUUUUGCGAAGAAUUUCAGCCUUCGUCCUUGGGAUCUUCUCUUUAAUUGGUUUGUCGUAUUCCUACAUAGAAGUUGUGGACACUAACCCAGAUAUGAUUGGCUGUUACAAGGACGAUAAGGCGCUGGAUGACAACUUCCGCCUGGUGCAGCCUCGAGCACUUGGAUAUGAAAUUCAGCAUUUUUCCUCAAAACAAGACUGUGUUGACCAAUGCGCUGACAGAGGUUUUCCUUACGCUGGUCUGCAAAACGGUGAUCUUUGUUUCUGUGGGAAUACUUUUGACAAGUAUGGCCGAGCUGAUGAUAAGGAAUGUAACAUUAAGUGCAGAAAACCCGACGAUCCUGUUGAGUACGUUGAAAAUUCGUUUGAGUCCUGUGGUGGACGAUGGAGAAAUUCUGUCUACGCUGUAACUGGGGUUAAAUCUGCGGAACGCAAAGCUGCUCUCAAAUGGUGGGAACAAUGAACAGAAUUUGACUCCUCAAAGAUAUCUUUUAGAGACGAUCCGAGGAAGACCAAGCUCCGCGGAGAGAUUAAAGCCAGACAAUGGACGAAGUCGAUCAAGACUUAAAGUAAUAUUUUUUCAAUAAUAAACCCUCUGAAGUGAUACGUCUAUGGGCGCGUAUAGGGUACUUGCCACACCAUUGAGCAAGGCACUGUGACAUUUACUUUCAGAUGGCUUAUUAGAACCUUCCAGUAUUUUAUACUCGGUGUAAAGCUUUUUAUCUUUGUAGAUAUAGAUGUGAUUUUUUAGUUACAAGAUCGCGACACUUAAGCGCUGUUUGCGCAUUAUCUCCAUAAUACGGAUCACUUUUUAGAAAGAUCAGUGAUCACAUAUCUACUUAUCAGGGCGUGGAGAUAUUAAUAGUGUUACAUUAAAGCAUAAUUAAUUAAAACAAGAUAAUGGUGCAAAAAAAUCGAGAAAAAGAAAUAAGAGCAGGAAUUCCUCGAGCACGCAAGACUUUCAGCCUUAUCGAGAAGGUCUGAGGUUUGAUUUUUCGAAGGGAACACAGAUAUUUCUCUUUUGUUCUGCGCUUGUGACGAGAGUAAUCGAAUCCUUAUUUGCUUCAAUCUGUUUGUAAAUACAUUGCGACCUUACACCAUACAAUGCCAAAUAAAAAACAAUGGAAUAA